AAGUUCCUGCCAUUAAUGCUUUGGUAUAAAUGCACAAACCACUCUUUUAAUUCUCCAUUGCACUCUAAAACUCAACAAGCUUUGCCCUUGCAUUGCUUCCUUGCCUGCCUUCAACCUUUAGCAGACAUAGCUAUGACUUCUGAAAUGGUAAUGGUUGAUGAGAUACCUUUCCCCUCCCAAAUCACAACCACCAAGCCACUCUCACUUUUUGGUCAUGGGAUUACCGAUAUUGAGAUUCACUUUCUGCAAAUCAAGUUCACAGCGAUCGGAGUUUACCUUGAACCUGAAGUUGUUAAACACUUGCAACAGUGGAAGGGUAAGCCUGGAAACGUGCUAGCAGAAGAUGAUGACUUCUUUGAGGCUCUUAUUAAUGCUCAGGUGGAGAAAUUUCUGAGAGUUGUGGUGAUCAAGGAAAUCAAAGGAUCCCAAUACGGAGUGCAGCUAGAGCGUGCCGUGAGGGACCGAUUGGCGGCUGACGACAAAUAUGAAGAGGAAGAAGAAGAAGCCUUGGAGAAAGUUGUUGAAUUCUUCCAGUAUAAGUACUUCAAGAAGGAUUCAAUUAUCACAUACCAUUUUCCAGCAAAUUCAGCCACUGCUGAGAUUGCGUUUAAGACAGAGGGAAAGGAGGAUGCAAAAAUCAAAGUGGAGAAUGCAAAUGUGGUUGAGAUGAUCAAGAAAUGGUACAUGGGAGGAACAAGAGGAGUGUCUGCAACUACCAUUUCGUCCUUGGCUAAUGGUCUCUCGGCCGAGUUAUGCAAAUGAAGAUAUGCAGUCAUAGCAUGAAGUUGAUGGUCUUUCCUACAAGAUUGUCUGAUGAACAUUCUGUUUGUUUUGCAAAUAAAUUUGAUAUGCAAGUUGGUUGGAGUUUUGCUAAUUUAGAACACCCUUUGAUUGUUCG